CCAAUGCCGGACGAGUGGUGCGGUCCUGAGCUUCUCCCCGAGCCCCACCAACGCCCGUGAGAAGCCCGCAGAACGCGGGUUCUGUGAACAGACGUGGGGAAGAUUCGAUUCGGAGGAAAGGAAAAGCGGGAUUGAGACGGGGAGCGAGGCCGCUGAGGGGGAGGGGGCUGCCAAGAUGGCGUCCGCCUCCUCUGGGCCGGCGGCGGCCGGGUUCUCGCCCCAGGAUUCCGGGGUCCCUGCCGGCUCCGCGGGUUUCAACUUUCUGUGCUGUGGGGUCCACCGUAAGAGAGCAGCAGCAUCUGGAAUCAAGAGGCCCACAGGCUCUGAGGGACCUUACGCCUCUAUCCUGCCUGUCAAGAAAAUAGGCCACCGAAGUGUUGAUCCCUCUGGAGAGACUACAUAUAAAAAGACAACUUCAUCAGCCCUGAAAGGUGCCAUCCAGUUGGGCAUCACUCACACUGUGGGCAGCCUGAGUACCAAACCAGAGCGAGAUGUCCUCAUGCAAGACUUUUACGUGGUGGAGAGCAUCUUCUUUCCCAGUGAAGGAAGCAACCUGACACCGGCUCAUCACUACAAUGACUUCCGGUUCAAGACCUAUGCACCUGUUGCCUUCCGUUACUUCAGAGAGCUCUUUGGCAUUCGGCCUGAUGAUUACUUGUACUCCCUGUGCAGCGAGCCGCUGAUUGAACUCUCCAACUCUGGAGCUAGUGGCUCCCUCUUCUAUGUGUCCAGUGAUGAUGAGUUCAUUAUUAAGACAGUCCAACAUAAAGAAGCUGAGUUUCUGCAGAAGUUGCUCCCAGGGUACUACAUGAAUCUUAACCAAAACCCUCGCACUCUGCUGCCCAAAUUCUACGGACUGUACUGUGUACAAGCAGGCGGCAAGAACAUACGGAUCGUGGUGAUGAACAACCUCUUGCCGCGGUCUGUCAGAAUGCAUGUCAAGUACGACCUGAAGGGCUCCACUCACAAGCGGCGCGCUUCUCAGAAGGAGCGAGACAAGACCCUGCCCACCUUUAAGGAUCUGGACUUCCUGCAGGACAUGCCCGACGGCCUGUUCUUAGACGCCGACAUGUACAGUGCUCUCUGUAAGACUCUGCAGCGCGACUGUUUGGUGCUGCAGAGCUUCAAGAUAAUGGAUUACAGCCUCCUGAUGUCCAUCCACAACAUGGACCACGCACAGCGAGAGCCCAUGAGCAGUGAUGCCCAGCACGCAGCUGACACGCGCAGACCUGCUCCACAGAAGGCUCUCUAUUCCACAGCUAUGGAGUCUAUCCAGGGCGAGGCUCGGCGGGGUGGCACUGUGGAGACCGAGGACCACAUGGGUGGCAUCCCUGCCCGGAAUAGCAAGGGGGAGCGGCUGCUGCUUUACAUUGGCAUCAUUGACAUUCUGCAGUCCUACAGGUUUGUUAAGAAGCUGGAGCACUCUUGGAAAGCUCUGGUCCACGACGGGGACACAGUGUCCGUGCACCGACCAGGCUUCUAUGCUGAGCGGUUCCAGCGCUUCAUGUGCAACACGGUGUUCAAGAAGAUUCCCUUGAAGCCUUCUCCUUCCAAAAAGUUUCGGUCUGGCUCAUCUUUCUCUCGGCGAGCAGGCCCCAGCGGCAACUCCUGCAUUACUUACCAGCCGUCGGUCUCUGGGGAACACAAAGCACAAGUGACAACAAAGGCGGAAGUGGAGCCAGAUGCACACCUUGGGCGUCCUGAUGUCUUACCUCAGACUCCACCUUUAGAGGAGAUCAGUGAGGGUUCGCCUGUUCCUGGCCCCAGUUUCUCACCUGUAGUUGGAGAGUCUUUGCAGAUGCUAACUUUGAGUUCAACCUUGGAAAAGCUUGAAGUUGCAGAGUCAGAGUUCACCCAUUGAGCCCUGAGCCUCAGAAGACCUGAAACACUCUACUACGGCUUUGAACUCUAGACGUCAGCCUUGCCCCAGGAAUGCUGAGUCAUCAGGAGAGGAGAGGGCCGAGGGACGAGGAGCUGGCAGGGCUCUCCAUCACAGUCUCCUCUUCCUCGGGCGUUAGUGCCUUUGACAUGAGGACAGCAGUGUCCCACCACUCCAGAAUUGGGUGGAGUGAAUUUUCUACUGGCCGCCAUGGCUUCUACAAACCCUGUUCUCCGUGCUGUCCCUGGGGUUGCUGGACUAGGUGGUUUCCUCUCUUUCCCUUUCCCUGGAGCUGGACUCUUACUGAUUUCCUCAGGACGAGUAGCUGGACAUUGUUACUGCCUUCGCUCUUCCUCUGGUCUUUGAAAAGACCCCAGUGAUUUUUAUAAAGGUUUUCGGGGAAGAGUGAGGAUGAUCCUUACUCCUCCUUAAAAGGAAAAGGACAAACAGUGCACAGCGUGAGUCUGAGCCAGUCUCAGAAGCCCUGGCCAUGCAGAAGAAGAGCCCUGGUGUCUGUGAACCAGUGAGGCUCUGCUGCCGCCAGCAGCUGCUCUCCUAUCCCUCAUUUGAGGCUGAGGGAGAGGAGGGGGCGUGGCCUCCACACCCGUUAUAGCUGGUGGGCAGCCACACUAGGAGAGUGGGCCUCAGCAGGGCCCUCCUCACUGCCAGGUCAUACAAUUACUACUAUUUUGCAAUUUGGAAUGUAUUCUAAUAGUUUUUUAAAAUAUAAAGAAUUAUCAGAUGAUUUUAGACCAUUCUCCAAAGGAGACUUCGUGUUCUUCCCAUGUUUUCCAGCAGUGUUCUGCUCUUUGUGGAGCUGCGGUGGAGGGAGACGCUUGUCUGUGUAACAGGCAGUCUGUAUCUGUGAGGCUAGAGAGUAGUGUCCUAAUCGCUGGGGAGCGGCAGACCUCCUCAGCCAUGCUGUUGCCAUGCGCCCGCCUGCCCCCCCU